AUGGGAAUGACUCAACUGAGGGAGGAAAUUAUACAUAUUUUACCUGCACAGCUUAAAAGCUUAUUAAACAUAUUUACUGCUGAAUACAUUAACCACAGUGCUCUUAGUCAUGUUAAGGGCGAUUUUUUUCUGUCUGAAUGCAAUAACAGUUUGGCAUUACCCUUAUGGCAGCAUGGGUACAUGUCUUACUAUAGUCGAGGCUUUCUGGAGUUAUUUAGGGACGACAUAGAUGGUUUCCUGCCACCAAAACAGAACUUAGUUAUUUCUGUAGUCAAUCUACUGCCCAAAGGGGCUGUUCAUUUACACACACUGAAUGUUCGCAACAUGCCAGACACUAUGCUUGUUAAUAAGACUGUAAAAUAA